CACGCGCGCGAGGAGCGUUCAUUCAACCAAACCGCGCCGCUGCCGUUCCGUACAGCAGGGGUAUUUAAACGAUAUCUCACGAUCCUGUGUCUUAUUCUGACAUAAGAGUAGGCGUUUGUGGCGUUUUCGUUGCCUAGGCGUGGCAACAAAGACUCGAAGAUUUGUUUGUUGUUUACGAACGAUUCAUGUUAAAGAAAAGGGUGACUUAAACGGCUGUCAGUCAUGCGAACGCGGAUUCGUAAGUGGUUGGAGAUAAACACCAGCUAGCCAGUCCUGAAAGUGCCCGCAUACAUUUACAAUGACGCGAUUAGAGAACGAAUCGUUAUCUGUUUGACCGAUUCAACCGAUCAAAGUGCAAACAAGAAACGAGAGGCUUCUGUCAGGGAAGGGAAGGUGAGGAAGAGGAAUCGUUCGCUACAGGAAUCACUAAAAUUGGCCACUUAAUGGAAACAGUUUCAGAAUUAAAGGGGAAGGAGGACAAGUCUCAGUGGAAGGAGUUAAUCGAGGAUAUAAGUGUUUUACAAUGGGUGUUUUCAUUUCUGUUUUUAGGAACGGCCUGUCUGCUGUUGAUGAUCUAUUUGAUGUUCACCUCUCUGUGGCUCAUUCCCACACUCUACUUCUCAUGGCAGAUCUAUGAUUGGCACACACCCGAAAGAGGUGGCAGACGAACAAAAUUUGUGAGAAGCUGGGAAGUAUGGAAACACUACAGAGACUAUUUUCCUGUGAAGCUAGUAAAGACUACUGAAUUGAAUCCCAGUAAGAACUAUAUCAUGGGUUGUCACCCCCAUGGCAUCAUGUGUGUGGGAGCCUUCUCGUGUUUCAGCACAGACUGUAAUGGAUUUGCGGAAACCUUUCCUGGAAUACGCCCCACGCUUGCAAUUCUGGCUGGACUUUUCCGCCUUCCUCUCUUCAGAGAGUAUAUUUUGUCUGCAGGUCUGUUGCCUGUGAGUAAGGAGAGUUUAGAUCACUUGCUGAGCUGUACUGGUGUGGGUAAUGCUGUAGUCAUCAUCAUUGGUGGGGCAGAGGAAUCACUUACCUCGACUCCAGGAGUAAACACUUUAGUCAUGAAACACAGGAAGGGUUUUGUACGACUGGCCCUUGAACAUGGGGCUGACCUAGUUCCUGUGUACUCCUUUGGUGAGAACGAGCUGUUCCCACAGGUGGUUCUGUCCGAGGGCAGCGUUGGUCGACGGCUGCAGGCUCUUUUUAAGCAGAUUACGGGUUUUGCUCCAUGUCUCUUCACUGGGGGGCGCUGGCUGCUUCUGCCAUACAGACGCCCUGUCACCACUGUGGUGGGCCGUCCCAUUACUGUGCCUCAGGUUGACAGUCCAUCGCAGGAACAGGUGGAUCAUUACCACAGUUUAUACAUGAAGGCUCUGUCUGAACUUUUCCACAGACACAAAACCAGCUGUGAACUGGCCGACACACACGAGCUGCGCUUCAUAUAGAAAUGUUGGAAAGCACAAAGUUAUUGAAACAGCUGCUGGAAUUAUGAUGUGGGACAGAAACAUACUUAUUUCUGUAUUGUUUUCAUGUGAACGGUUUAGAUUUUUGAUUCUCCGAAAUGAUGCUCAAAGCACAAAGUGAACCAAAUGAAUGAAUGCAGUUUGGGAUCUAAAUCAGAAUGAUGCUCUCUUCCUAUGGAGCUGUAUAUGUGCUAUAAUGAACACACAAAAAAACUUUAGUCAUCCAAAAAGAAAGGAUUUAUCACCUUUAUCAGUGAUGGAAAUGUAAAACAUGUUAGUGCUCAUAAUGAAAAUAUGUAUAAAGAGUAUUUUUCAAAAGUAUGAAAAAUAUAAUUUUAAGCUAAUAAGUAUUUUAAUAUAAGAAAUAUGGAUGAUUUAUACACGUAUAAUGAUGUUUUUACCUUAAAUUCAUCAGUGGCAUUUUAAAGUGCAAAGUCUUGAAAAUACCUCUCUUCUUGCAAAACAAAUCAUAAAACAAGCACAUUUUUACCACU